GACACUGGAGGCCCAAGGAUGUUGCGAUCCAACUGAGUGCAGAAAUACAAAUUGAUUAGGGCCUCUAAUAGUUCUAACCCAAAAAGAAACCCAGUAACAUAACCCUAGGUUCACCAUGUAUAUAUGAACAUGCCAUAAGCGCGAAAAACCCUAAACCGCAAAUCGCUGGCCAAAUCUAACGCCGCGGUAGACGAGACGUCUGCGAAGCUCUCAAACCUACGAAGAUGGCGAAACAGGGUGUUCAGAUGAGCAAAAAGCGAAAAUUUGUCGCAGAUGGCGUGUUCUUCGCCGAACUAAACGAAGUGUUGACACGUGAAUUGGCUGAAGAUGGAUAUUCUGGAGUGGAGGUCAGAGUCACUCCAAUGAGAACUGAGAUCAUCAUAAGAGCCACUCGUACUCAGAAUGUUCUCGGUGAGAAGGGAAGGAGGAUUAGGGAGUUAACAUCAGUUGUCCAGAAGAGAUUCAAUUUUUACGAGAACACCGUGGAGCUGUAUGCUGAGAAGGUUAACAACAGAGGGCUUUGUGCCAUUGCGCAGGCUGAGUCGCUUCGAUACAAGCUCCUUGGUGGUCUUGCCGUGAGGAGGGCAUGCUAUGGUGUUUUGAGAUUUAUCAUGGAGAGUGGAGCCAAGGGAUGUGAGGUGAUUGUGAGCGGUAAAUUGAGAGCUCAACGGGCCAAGUCCAUGAAGUUCAAAGAUGGUUACAUGAUUUCUUCUGGACACCCUGUGAAAGAGUAUAUUGACUCUGCUGUAAGACAUGUUCUCUUGAGACAGGGAGUGCUUGGCAUCAAGGUCAAGAUUAUGCUUGAUUGGGAUCCCAAAGGAAAGCAUGGUCCAACAACCCCUCUUCCAGAUCUCGUCACAAUCCAUCCUCCCAAGGAAGAAGAGGAAUACAUUAGGCUGCCAGUGGCAGCACCAGUUGAAAUUGAGCCUCCAGUUGUGUAGGGGAUCAACCAUUUAGCUGCAUCAUCUUAAAAUUUUUCCAAAUGUUAUUAUAUUUUGUUAAUUUUGAGUGUUGGGUCUUUGUUUGUCUACUUUGAUAGAGGCCGUUGGAGAUUUUCUUUAAUGUGACAUUGACAAUUGUGCUGCCCCAAAGAAAAUUUUGUUCAAUUAAUGGGUGCCUCUUUUCCCAGGUGCCUCUUUAAUGCUA